CGCCCUCGUGCCGCGCGCCGCCCGCCGCCUGCCCAACGGCCGCCCUCGCCCCGCCGCCGCCGCCAUGAAGCGGGCGCACCCCGAGUCCAGCUCGUCGGACAGCGAGGAGCUGGACGAGGCCGUCGAGGUGGAGAAGGAGAGCGCGGAUGAGAACGGGACGCUGGGCUCGCCGCCGGGCUCCGUGUCGCCGUCAGCCACCUCGCAGAUCCUGGCCAGGAAGAGGCGCCGAGGGAUCAUCGAGAAACGCCGCCGCGACCGCAUCAACAACAGCCUGUCGGAGCUGAGGAGGCUGGUGCCCAGCGCCUUCGAGAAGCAGGGAUCGGCCAAGCUGGAGAAGGCAGAGAUCCUGCAGAUGACCGUCGACCACCUGAAAAUGCUGCACACGGCGGGAGGGAAAGGUUAUUUUGAUGCUCAUGCUUUGGCUAUGGACUACCGGAGUUUAGGGUUUCGAGAGUGCCUGGCUGAAGUAGCUCGAUACCUUAGUAUUAUAGAGGGUCUGGAUGCCUCUGACCCUCUGCGGGUUCGACUCGUGUCUCAUCUCAAUAACUACGCCUCUCAGCGGGAAGCGGCGAGCAGCGCGCACACUGGCAUUGGACACAUUCCUUGGGGCAGUGCCUUUGGACAUCACCCUCAUAUAUCUCACCCGUUGCUGCUGUCUCAAAACGGGCAUGGUAACACCAGUACUACGGCGUCUUCCACAGAACCGCAUCACCAGAGCAGAAUCGCCGCCCCACACGCUGAAACUUCCUCACUCAGAGUGCCCCCAAAUGGCAGCGUCGGACCAGUGCUCCCUGUGGUCACAUCCACGACCAAACUGUCUCCUCCUCUUCUCUCCUCCAUGGCAUCUCUGUCUGCGUUCCCCUUUUCCUUUGGCUCGUUCCAUCUGCUGUCUCCCAACAUGCUGAGCCCGUCUGCACCAACGCAGUCAGCGAACCUCGGCAAACCGUACAGACCGUGGGGGACUGAGAUCGGAGCCUUCUAAGGACUAACCCUUUAGUAAGGGUGGGGAAGCCUGCAAACCUAGCUGAGCUGGGUUGUGCCACGCUUAAAAUUGAAGUUUUUAAUAACUGGGACAAAGGUACAGCUUCAACUUAACUAAGUUUGUCUAAAACCGUCUCUUUGGAUUUUUUCUGUUUGUUUUUUUCCUACAUUUUUGUAUUAGCUUUUUUUUUUUUUUUAAUAGUUGCUGAAGUUGUCCGAAAAUAAAAUUACAAUAGUGGAUGUUAACACUUGUGUUAGAUCUGUUCUGAGCAUUUAAAUCACUUUUGUAAACAGCUUGUUUCCAAUGUUCCAUUUUUCCUGAGUACAUCAGACCGCCUUUUUUUGAAGAAAUAUCACCUGUUAUUGUUAGCAACAGCUUAGUUUAGUUAUUAAUUUUUCCAAGACCACUCUUCUCAGCCUUAACAAGCUGUGUUUUUGUUAGUAUUUUGACGUCGAGAUAUUCUGUAAUGAGUUACUCUUUUUGUAAACUAUAUUGGAGUCUUAUAUUUCUGAACAAAGCGUUGACAAAUCAGAUGGACCAGCUUGACCAGCUUUAUCUAAGAGCCCGAUUUCUGUUUCUUCUGUGGUGAUUAUUCGGUGGUCUUAUUCUAGUCCCUAGUGGACAUUUAUUUGCAUCACAGAAUCACUACGUUACUUCUGCCCAAAAGAGCAGCAUGUGCUUUAGAGCAGACUCUGAAAUGUGGAGGGUGCAGAAGUGGAAUUACAAACUACACUGGUGGUGGGUUUCAUUGCGGGAGAUGUGAAGGGGAAGAAAAAUUGUCACCCACAGUAGUCUUCCAGCCAGAGCAGGUCAUAUGCGUAUUCAUUUCACAGGGCCAGAUUCUGCUCUGAGUUACAGUGGAGCAAUUGUUCUGUUACCGUGUAUUCCUGGGUAACUGAAAUCAGGCUCCUUGCCUCUGUGAGCUCCAAAUUUGCACCUGAAAAAAGUUAUGCUGGUAUUUAAAUAGCCAAUGGGAUGGUACAGUGGGAACCUGUUCAGUGCCCAACCUUACUGCUUAACAAAUUUAUCCUAACUGGUGGAUUUCUUUUUGGUUGUAUUUUACUUGUAGGUGCAGUUCAGUGCCACUCCUCAUUUUGUAAGGGCGCUGCUGCAUUUGUGUGUGUGUGUGUGUGUGUGUGUGUGUAUUUUGUUUGUUUUCCUGAGAAUCUUAAUCUGAACAGGUUUAUCUAGUGAGUUCCACUGGACUGAGUUUGACUGCUCUUGUAUUUGUGUUGUGGCUAAAUAAAGGAGAAAGAACAAAGUAUUUUAAAUGA